UGUUUCACGUGUCUUCCUGCCUCCCUAGUGAUUGCGACGUCGUCCAGUGUCGCCGUCUCCACUUAAAUAUCACCACGACAGCGCACCUGGUGCUCGGAACCGUAGUGGAGGAAAAGCACCCUUGCAGCUGCAGGGCCUACGAACUCACAGUCGAGUGCCUUAACAAGGUGUAUAACACCUGCCAGUCACUGAGUCAAACCUCGCUCAAUACCCUGAUCUUGGCCAGUGGCAAAGAAUACAAGGCCAAAUACAAAGAAUGUAAAGAAACGACAGGGUCUUACUGCCCAGAGGUGGACCCCAGAAUGGCCACCCGGGAACUGACCACCGCCAGAGUUAGACGGAACCAAGGGAAGACCAAUGUAGCUUCCGUCACAGACGUGAACGCCGCCGCGGCCUUAGGACUCGGUGCUUCUCAACAUGUCGUCGGGUUCUUGCCGUUUCUUGUUGGAGGUAUUUUUGCCAUGACAUUAUGACGAAGAGAGAAAACUGGGAGUUUGUGGUAACAAAUAAAUACACCUGCGGGCAUUUUAUAGGGUUAUGGAGAUCUUAUAGGUAUUCAAAAAAUUCAAGGUCAGAUGUGAAAUAAAACUCGUGUAGGCCUACUAUUACAUGAACUCGUAUAUUUGAGACUUGAUUUCUGCGGUUUUAGGUUAAAUGCAAAGUACGGCACUGUCAUCGAUAA